AUGCCGGGUAUCGGGACAGAUCAUCACCCAGGGUUGGAUGAAGUACUGAAUAUGUUUCCGCUUCGCUCAACCUCACAUUCGAGUUUUCGUCGAGACUUGAAGCGACAUUUCAGUGGGGAUGCCCUCGGUGGGAAGACGGAUAAGUACGCUUGGGAAAUGGCUGCGAGGACAGUCAGCGACGAAUCGAUGGAGUUCCAUUCCGAAGAAACCCUGGCGCGACGACCUCGCCGCGGGGAAACGCGGUUGCAUCCGUUCUCCUCUGGAAUCCGUUGCCUGAAAUUCCGCGUUUUGCCGCUUUGCGUUGGAUUGCUAGGGAAUUACUGCGACCCCCUGGACUGCAAGUCGUACGUGGACCCGGGUGAGGCCGAGAAGAUUUAUCUCUGCGACGAGUCGCACCGCGGUGAAGACCACAACGGCUGCGACAACACCUACAUUCAGCCAGAAUCGUGUCAAGUCAAGGACCCAGCGAGAAACCUUCUCUGGUUCCGUCCAAGUGACGGGAGGGAUGCGACUCCAGCACCGUUGUUUGCCCCCGGAUCGUCUUCAGGAAUUGCGUCCUUGCCACGGCUAACGUUGUUCCGCAGUUGCACGACGCGUUAUUUGUCCAUGACGACGGUGACCGAAAUGAUUGCCCUAGAGCCUAGACUCCUUGAAUCAAACGCAGAGGAUAUUUUAGGACUCACUUUGCCCGAGCAGUUGCAGCGACGCGUCAGCCCUGGGAAAGUUCGAGCUUUGAAAAUCAAUCACGGGACAUGUUCCAAUCUAAAUGCCGGCAAAGGAAAGGAGAACUGCGUCAGGAUCGAAGUCCAGUCGUGUAACCGGGGUAAACCUUCGGGCGAGUUCGAGAGGAAAGUCGGGAUCCGCUUGUCGCCGAGUACCGCGCACGUGUUCCAGAAGAGACUCCAGGCCCGAAUCGACGGGAGCGACGUGGGAAACCGAGAGCCGGGUUGCACCCCGGGCGUGCCCUUCUACGAGAACGUGACCUGGGUCGCGGUCACGCCGCCGACGAGUGUGAGCGAGUCGACCGACGACGACGAUCAGCUCAGCUGCGAGGAAGGAGAAUUCGUUAUCGAUUUGCCCUGCUUCUGCCAAGCUGCCGCGGCAGAUGUCAAGCCGUCAUCUCACACCAGUCAUCCGUCGUUGUACCGCAGUCACAGCGCUCUAGUGCUGUCCGUGCCGUGUCACAGCAACGGGUGUGCGGAAAGCGCCAACAACUGCUGGUGUUUAGCCAGCGACGGGAUCCUCGUGCCGAAUUUGAUCGGGAAACCGCCAUUGCCGCACGGAGUCGCCAGGGGAUCCAACAUGUGUUUCCGUCAAACCGUGGACCCGGAGGACGACGUUUACUGCGUUUUCAGAGUGCCUGGAGCCCCGGAUGGCUCGUGUCAGGGAGCGGACCAGUCAUUUGCGUGCAACGCGUCCGGCGGCCAGGGCCCGAACCAGACUCCCCCGCCGGGCAAGGACGCGCAACGGAGGGCGACGAAACCCGGGUUGCGGUCCCUGCUGCUCCGACAGAGUCACCCCAAGAGACUGUUCCUCAGCCCUGCCAAACCCGGCCGAGUGUAUUGUCCCAACGGGGACGUUGUCAGGAGCAAGAACUACUUCUCCAGCUCCCGACACGCGACGCAACAACAACAACAACCUUCUAAGGACGCUGUACCAGAGUCAAAAGAAGUCGUCUUCACGAAGCAGACUACCGCGAAGAACGGCGCCAUUCCUCCUCUGGCUUCGUCCACCCCGGUGAAAACGUGCGGCAGCCCACGGAACGUGAUGAAAUCUAACGGAUGCUGCGAUUCCCCGACGGCGUCCGUGUCCGGCGUCCGCGUCAAGUGCAACUCUUUCGCUCGCUCUGCAUCCUUUGGCAACGGUCACACGGCGGAAUGCGUCGCGACUGAACCGCCCAAGUUCCUCGAGGCGCCGAAAGGCCCAUCGCAGGCUUACCUGACCUCGGAGGCGUCUUCGUCCGGGAGCUCGAGUCAGAUUUCUAGUCUGGAAAGCGUCCGGAGCUCUGGAUCUUCUUCCAACAACGGGACUCACCAGUCUGGGGUUUAUUCAACAUAUCUUAACCAGCGAGCUGUUUUGAAUGGAGGUUCUCCGAUUCAAAACGCGACCGAAAUUCAUAUCGACUCGAAGCCUUCGCCGCCAGCAGUGAAGCAAUGCGGGGAGCGUCCCAGUUUAUGUCUGAACCACAAGCGAAACACGUGGAUCGCCGCCGUUCCGCACGGAUGCGACAGUGGCGGCGAGAUCAACUUUGACGACCUUGCCGCACUUCCGUUCGAGAUGCCCAAGUUGCAGCGGAAGCUGGAACAAAUGAAGCGACAUUCGUGGAACGACGGCGACAGCAUGCUCGCCCCGUCGCAGCGAUAUGCGAAGAGCAUCCCCACCAUUGAUGAACCCGAGCACAAGAGCUCCGCUGAUCUGGAAGGUAUUCUGUCAUCGAAUCGGGCUUCUCCUGGAAGACCUCAACGUCGAAGCGACCUUCACUUGAUGCUUUCGGUUGGAAACCAGGAGCUCCCACAUAUUGAUGUCGACUUACCGCUUCAAAGACAAGGGUGGUUUCAUGGCGCCAUAUCACGGAAAGAUGCCGAGCAUCUCCUUCGCAUGACGAAAGAAGGCAGUUUUCUUGUCCGCAACUCGGAAUCUAGUCAAAAGGGAUUUUCCUUGUCCUUGAAGAGCCCUCGGGGAUUCAUGCACAUGAGGAUCAGCGAGCAGAAAAAAGGAGAAUACGUGCUGGGAGAGUUUUCGAAACCCUUCACGAACAUACCGGAUAUGGUGUAUCAUUACGUGCGAAAUCGAUUGCCCAUCAAGGGAGCCGAACACAUGUCUCUUCGAUAUCCGAUAAUUGAGCAACUCCUGUAGGAGCAUCUCCGCGGAGUAUUUCUUCUUUGUGCAUUACCAGCCCACAAAAGGGUGGAAAAAACAUCGGAUUGAUAUAGUCAAGUGAUGUGAUACGCUGUGUCGGUCAGUUUCAAUCGGAAAUUCACGCAGAUUCGCCGGCAUUUCUUCAUAUCGAUCGUCCGGUACUCGUUUCGUUGGAAGAGCAGGUAUAGCUGCUGUGCUGCUUUUGAAUGGGUUUACGUACGCUUUGCGCGAUUAUGAUUCGAGUCAAUUAUUCUUCAGAAACAGAACUGAAUUACUUUUGCGGAAUGAACUGUACAGUUUGGUUCUAGCACUGUUUCAACAUUUUGCUGGAUUUGAAUAAAAAUAUGCUGAGA